AUGCCUUGGGCCCCUAAAAGUAAAAGGUAAGGACUUGCCCUGGGUAAGGAAUGAAGUUCCUGAAUGAAUCCUUAGGAGACGUUUGUAAAUGGAUAGUCAAGCGGCCAAGCCAGUAAUGCCACAUUAAGAGCUAAAGCUGCUAAGAAAACUAGACAAGUGUCCAAGCCCAUGCCUCAUUUGUUUAUUCUAUCCACUAUCCAGCAGCUGCAUCACCGCAUUCUAACACCGCUUCCCGCAACCGCAACAUUUAUUUUACCAAAUUAAGCAAAUAAGGAUUAUUUGUUCGGGUAAAAAUGGAGGCCUCUCGGUGGCAUUCAAGGUCAACCAUGGAGGUGAAGGUGCUUCUUCUGGUGGUGAUAGCGGUGGCGGCAGUGGAAAGAGUGAAUUGCAACGCUACGGUAGCAUUAGCGGCAGUGCAUGAGAUGGCUGAAGAUCCGGAGGCGGCGAAGGACAGCUGGGAUCGGGUUCGCAAAGAGGCCACUGCGUGGGGAAAGGACAAGAUUGAGGACGGACUCGGGUUGGAGCACACACCCCGGGCCACAAAUGAUGAUGAAGAACGUUCAACGGACAAAUUUCAGGCCGCUAAUAUGGCGGCUACAAAAGUCAAGCAAUGGGCCGAUAAAAUUGAAGAGGGAUCGAAGAAGGCGAGCAAGACAAUUCGAAAAGCACCGGAGAAAACAUAUGAAACUAUUAAGGGUGCAACUAACAAGGCCUCAUCGAUGAAGGAUGCUAUUAUUGAAAAAGGCCAAGAAGUUAAGGGUAAGGUCCAAGAGAAUGCGAAGGACGUAAUUGACAAGGCCUCGUCGAUGAAGGAUGCAACUAUUGAGAAAGUUCAACAAGGAAAGGGUAGUAAAAACCAAGAGAAUGGUAAGGUCAAAGACGAGGAGGAUGCCAAACAUCAAAAGGAAGUCAAAGGAGAGAAGGAUAUCAUAGGCUCAGAGACCGGAGAUGCAAAGGAAAUGAGUAACAAUAAGAGUAAAAAGGUAAGAAAGGAGGAACGAAAAGUUGUCGAGGAAUGGGAGGAGGUUGAGGCCAAGGAAGGGCAUGAUGUUGCGAAGAAGGGUGGUGAGAGUUUGCAUAGUACAGAGGGGACGAUGUCUAGGACACGCCAUGUCGAGGAGUUGUGAAUUUAUAUGAUUUAUCUUUUAUUCUAAUCAAUGUAAGUUGGUGUAGUUUUUUAGAACUCACCUUAGGAAUUUAGAGAUUAUAGGGCCGAGCUUCAUUAAUUGUGAAAUCAUUCGGAGUGUCUCAAGCGUAGAGUUGCGUAGGUAAGUUGAUAAACAUGUAAUAGGUGUUAGUUCAGUAGUGUUCUUUCCUUAUCUAAUAAAUAAAAGGUACUUUAU